CAAAAAGUUACAAUGGAACAUAGAGUUCAUGCGCUGCUGUCGUCAGACCGAUACCAGCGAGGCGCGGAAUGCUUGCGAUAACAGAUUUUUGGUAUAUUUUUUAUUUUUCGAAAAUAAGUGCUUCAGUUAUCGAAUGGAUCGCGUCGCGUAAAGAACGUUCUCUAGUUCCGAUCUUGUAGGCUACAUCAAGGGUGGUAAAUUCUUGGGGAUGUUAAACGAGUGAAGUGAAUUCUACCAUUUAGGGGAACUGUGGGGAAUGCUGUUGUGACAUAUCACUGAUAUAGGUUUUGAAGAAAAGUGUGAAUUUCAGUGUCAAUCUAAGUGAUUCAGAGAUAAAUGAAAACAGUUUUGGAGAUUCAAUGCAACAGAGAUAAAUAUUGAAAGAUGAGCGUUCUCCUUUUCCUUCUUCUACUGCUGCCUUUGAUGAAUGGAAUGAUUCCGCCAGUGCAAAUUGCCGUUCAAGGAAACUUCUUUGAAAUGCUUUUUGACGAGACGAGCAUUUUUCUGCGAAACGGUACGGUGAAACGCAUCCCAGAUACUAAACACUUCCUGAAGGAGUAUGACUUCAUUGUAAUUGGUGCCGGGUCGGCGGGUUCGGUGGUUGCGAACCGGCUCUCGGAAAUCAAAGAUUGGAAUGUGUUGCUACUGGAAGCUGGCAAGGACGAGAAUAUGCUGACUGAUGUUCCAUUGACGGCUGGCUUAACGACACUUACAGGUUACAACUGGGGCUAUAAAGCCGACCCGAUGAAUGGUGCCUGCCUCGGCUUGCAGAAUGGAGUAUGUAGCUGGCCCAAAGGACGUGGGCUUGGAGGAACCAGCCUUAUAAAUUUCCUCAUAUAUACCAGGGGCCACAUGAAAGACUAUGACGGUUGGGAGAGCGCAGGGAAUACUGGCUGGGGCUACCGGGAGGUGUUAAAGUACUUCAAAAAGUCUGAACGUGUGAAGAUAAAAAGGCUGAAAAAAUCGCCCUACCAUUCUGGAGACGGAUACCUCGAUAUAGAGCAUUCGUCCUAUGAAACGCCCAUGCUACGGUCGUUCAUUGAGGCGGGAAAGCAGAUGGGCUACAUGGAGACUGAUCCGAAUGGCGAGAGCUUGUUGGGGUUCUCGAAAGCGCAAGCAACUAUGCGAAACGGAAGACGAUGCAGCACCGCUAAAGCUUUUCUCAGACCUGCUGCUUAUAGACCAAAUUUGCAUAUAUCCAUGCUGUCUAGGGUGACACGAAUCCUGAUUGACCCCAUAACCAAAUCAGCAUAUGGCGUUGAGUUCCUUAAGAACAAACGAAGGUACGCUGUAAAGGCCAACAAAGAAGUAAUUCUUUCUGCAGGAGCUUUAGCAUCGCCGCAGCUUCUAAUGUUGUCGGGCAUUGGACCAAGGGAACAUCUCCAAGAAGUGGGUGUUCCCGUCGUGAAGGAUCUCAGAGUGGGCUUCAAUCUCCAAGACCACAUGACUUUGCCUGGAUUGGUGUUUACUGUCAAUCAACCAGUUACCGUCCGCGAAAGAGAUAUGCGUGCUCCACCAGUCGUGUUGGAUUAUCUGUUGAAUGGAAGGGGGCCAUUCACGGUCCCUGGAGGCGCUGAAGGAGUUGCCUUUAUCAAAACUAACAUCUCUUUCUUACCUUCAGACGUUCCGGACAUAGAGUUGGUGCUGGGAACGGGGGCUUUCAAUAAUGACGAUUCAGGAUCACUGCGGUCUGCGUUCGGUAUGACGAAGGAGUUCUACGAGCAAACCUAUGGUACAAUCAUGGGACACCAUGCCUUUGCCAUUUCACCAGUUUUGCUGAAACCAAAAAGUCGAGGCCGUAUUAUGCUGAAAAGCCGAAAUCCUUUCCAUUGGCCGAGGAUGCAGGGGAACUAUUACCAGAAUUAUGACGAUCUGAGAGUACUCCGAGAGGGAGUAAAACUGGCAGUGCAAAUAGGAGAAUCGUCAAAAUUUGCCAGAUUCGGAGCCAAAUUACACCGGGUGCCUUACUUUGGGUGCGAAAACUAUCCAUUCAGAAGUGACGAAUACUGGGAGUGCUGUAUCCGAAGAGUUGGAACAACUCUACAGCACCAGUCCGGAACGUGUAGAAUGGGACCGGCAAGUGAUCCAACAGCCGUGGUUAGUCCUGAGCUCGUCGUCUACGGAAUCAGAGGUCUCCGGGUGGCAGAUUGUUCGAUUAUGCCUGAGAUUGCGGCCUCUCAUACAAAUGCCGUAGCCAUAAUGAUCGGUGAGAAGGCUGCCGACAUGAUUAAACAGUACUGGAGUAAUGAAAUUCGAUAGUAGAUAUUUUGGUGCGAGAAGUAGGUGCAGAUCUAGUCAUAUUAAAUUGAAGAACGGUUUUUAUAUUCUAUGUGUACAUAAAAUAUUUUAAAUUAAUUAUGGAAUACUCCAUUUAGUUAAUGUUAGGUUUGUUUGAUUGAUAGUUUGACCUUUUUACGUGUAAAUUAUGUGAUAAUUUGUUUUUUUUUUUCUGUUUGGUAAUCAAAAUGCGUGAAAGUUAGGUUUAGAGUGAUGUUGAAAUAUUUAUAAAUAUAACCACUGUUGAUAUA